ACUAAUGCAAAAAUGCAACAACCCACGAAAGAAUCUGAAAUCUUCCACUUCUCCUGUCUUUCUCAUUCCAAAAUUCUUCACGUCAACUUGUCUUUUGACUCUUCCUUUUUUCACGUUCCUCUGUUUCUCUUCUCUGAAGGUGCACUGCACCCUACGAAAGGUACUACCUUCUUUUGUCUUUUUCCUAGAACCUUCAUUGCAUUUUCUUGUGUGAAAACCACUUGCACUUUUUCUCAAAGUCACCCCAAAAUUAUUUUGUUGCUCUAGGGUUCUUGUUUUUUCUACCUAUUGAGCUCAAAUUUGACUCUUUUUUUGUUCUUUGCUCAAUUGAACAAAACCCCAUUUGUUUGUUGUUAUCAAAUUUGAAAAUUCUCAGCUCAAAGUUACUAAUUUUGUAACUAGGGUUUGUACAUUAUACCCAAUUUCAAAAGGAUCAACUUUGGAGUUACAUUGCAGAGGAGUUACAACUUCCUGUAAACUUUUUUUUUUUCUUUCAAUGCUUUCGGUUUCAUGUCUUGUUUAUAACAACAUCAUAGUAUAGUAUAGCAUAGCAUAUCAUAUCAUAUCACCUGUUUGAAACAUGGGUUGUGUUCAUGGUAAAUGUUGCUGUCUGAAAUCUUCGGGUGGCGUCUCUAGAAAACUUGGUUAUCAUCAUAGCCAUAGGAAGAACAUACAAGCUCAGAGAGUGUUGAAAAAUGUUUCUGUUCCUUCACACAACUUUGUUUUGGAGUAUACCUUUCUCACGCUGCGAGGUUACUACCCUGACUCGCUGGAUAAACAAAACCAAGAUAGUUUCUGCAUUAGGACGGAAAUUCAAGGUAACCCAAAUAUCCAUUUCUUUGGUGUUUUUGAUGGGCAUGGUCAAUUUGGUAGUCAAUGUUCAAACUUUGUUAGAGAUAGGUUGGUAGAGAAGUUAUCUAAUGACCCUGGAUUGGUGGAGGAUCCUGUUCGAGCUUACAAUUCUGCGUUCUCGGCAACAAAUCAUGAAUUGCAUACUAGUGACAUUGAUGAUACUAUGAGUGGUACAACGGCUAUUACAGUGCUUGUUAUUGGUGACACCCUUUAUGUUGCUAAUGUUGGUGAUUCAAGAGCUGUGCUAGCUGCCAAGGGCGAGGAUCGGAUUAUUGCAGAGGACCUGUCCUCUGAUCAGACACCAUUUCGGAGAGAUGAAUAUGAGAGAGUGAAACUUUGUGGAGCAAGGGUGUUGAGUGUUGAUCAAGUGGAAGGGAUUAAGGAUCCAAAUAUCCAACAUUGGGGUAACGAAGAGAGUUGGGAUGGUGAUCCUCCGAGAUUGUGGCUCCCAAAUGGGAUGUUUCCUGGAACUGCAUUUACAAGGAGUUUAGGGGAUAGAUUGGCGGAGACAAUUGGUGUGGUUGCAACUCCAGAGGUGUCAAUAGUUCGGCUUUCACAUAAUCAUCUCUUCUUUAUUGUUGCUAGUGAUGGCAUAUUUGAAUUCUUGUCAAGCCAAACUGUUGUUGAUAUGGCAGCUAGAUAUACAGAUCCUCGUGAUGCAUGUGCGGCUAUUGCUGAAGAGUCAUAUAAACUAUGGUCGGAACUUGUGAAUCGAACAGAUGAUAUAACAAUUAUCAUUGUCCAGAUUAAAGGACUCUCUAAUAAUUCAAGCACAUCUGGAGUUCAAUUAAGUGAGGUCAAUGUCGGUACUGCUAUGAGAACCAGGACAGGAACUUCUGAGAUAUCUACUACCACUGAAUUUGAUGUUUAUCAUUCUGUGACAAACAGUUUCUCGGAUUCACAAUCCUGCCAUUCAAAGAUCAGUUGAAUCAUGACCAAAGAGAAGGGUUUUACGGAAGCUCACCAAGUCUCCUUGUAGUUUCUCCUAAGUGGUACAUUUCUAUGUUCCAACUUUUCUGAGUCUUUUGCAUUGCUCCUGUACAUUUACCGGUCACUAUAUAUUUGGUUGUUCAAGGCAGCCGGGUAUGAGGUUCAUUGUCUUAGCAGCAAAAAUGGACCUUGUUCAGAAAGUAGAAAUUAGAGUUGGUAAAAUCCAAGAAACAUGAAACCAAAAUAAAAUUCUAGUUACUUGUUUAGCCAUACCCUUUCUGGAAAGAAAAUAAAAUUGUUUAACCAUAAAGAAUCUCACCUGGAGAAUGUUCUACUGUAUCAUAAGAUAAUAAAUUAUAUUCAAUGUUACUUAACUGUCUUUUAUGAUUCUAGUUCUAGCAAGCAAUAAUUAAAAAACUGGGUCCUAUUGUCAUUCGGCCAAAAUAUGGAAAUCAAUUAUUGAUCUUGGAUAAUUUUAAAAUGAUUAAUAAAUAGAGAACCAGAAAAAUGAUUGCUUGCAAAAAUAAAGCAUUAUAUUUUGUGAACAAAAAAAAUAAAAAUGCAACAAGAUAAGAUUCUGAAAAUGAUGGAUGAUGAUAAAUUAAUGUUUUGUGUGUCUUUGGUAUUAGCCACGUGGCAUCAUUUACUUGGAUCUAGAGUACAUUGCACUUGGGUUCUACGAGUCCCUGUCAACACUUUUCAGUUAUUGUGGAAUUUGAUUCUCUUGUCUUUUGAUUUUGUGAUUUGUUAUCUUGCAUUAAUUUUUAGUCAAAAUCCAUUUUUUAAUGAGUAUUGGCAUUUCAAAGCCUUUGUUUUGAAAGUGACUAUAUAAAUAUUGCUUAUAAAUGAAGAGGGAUACAAUCAUAGAUGGUUUCCAAUCAGCUCUUUUCUUAUGUCAAAAUUGUAUAGAAUUUUGUAUGCAUGUUAUGAGACCGAGAGAUUUGGUGAUAUAAACGAGUUUUGGGAGGAAGUCAUUGAACCAGAUGAACAUGAACUUAUCUUGCUAAACAAGAUCAUGUCUUCAAGAUAGUUUGGUAGGAAAAUGUGGAAAUGUUAAGUUCUGUUUAAUGUUGCUUGAUAUGAUAUUUGGAAGGCUCAAAAUGAGUUGGUUCUUUUCUCAGCUUGUCAGUGUAGGUAUUGAUUUGUAUGGCAACUUUGAUAAUCAAGUUCAAUUUAUUUGUCAUUAAAAUUGUCUCUUUGUGUAGCCUUCUAAAUGUAUGUUAAUGUUAAAUGUUAAUAGCACUUUU